CUCUCAAGUUAUUUUUACCAUGCAUGCAUCGGUUUUAUUGUUGCAUGUACAAUAAUGUCAGAAAUUUGCUUUCGCCAUUUUUUUCAUUACCCUUGCAAGCAUGUAAGACUAGUAUACACCAGAAGCACGUAAAAUCUAUAAUAGCUCAAGUCGGUCAUGUUGCAAGAAGUCUCUAUCAUUUGACCGACUAGACUAAUAUCUUCUUACCCACAUAGAGAGACAGAGAGAACAAAAAUGGCGGAAGCUGUCAUAUUCAAUAUUGCUGGAAAGAUAGUUGAUUAUCUGGUUCCUCAAGCACUAGAAAAGGUUGGAAAGUUGUGGGGCGUCAGGCAUGAACUCGAGGGGCUCAAGGACACCGUCUCCAUGCUUCGGCCUUUUCUGGACCAUGCAGAAGAGCAAUACCACCAGAUUCCCCACAUCCAAGUUUGGGUUGAGAAACUGAAAGACGCUUUCUAUGAGGCGCAGGACGUGCUUGAAGAAUUUAACAUCGAAGCUAUGCGACGAGAACUGAGGGGUCACAAUGAAAUGAUCAAGGAGGUAAGGACAUUUUUCUCAAGUUCAAACCAGCUUGCUUUUAAAUUGAAGAUGAGUGACAAAGUAAGAACAGUGAGGGGGAGAAUACAAGCCAUUAUUAAGGCUGAUAGAGAAUUCAACUUGGAUGAGCGCCCCGUGCAUUCGCGAGUAGAGAGAGAGCGGAGGAAGAGGGAAGAGACACAUUCGUUUAUACGUGAGGAAGAUAUUAUAGGGAGACAUGAUGAUAAGAAGGCGGUCAUGAAUUUUUUACUGAAUUCAGACGUGAAAGAGCCCAUUUCCAUCCUUCCAAUAGUUGGGUUCGGUGGGGUUGGGAAAACGGCUCUUGCUAAAUGUGUGUAUCAAGACAGUAAAUUUGGCUUGAAAAUGUGGGUUUGUGUCUCUGAUGACUUUGAUGUGAAAAAAAUAGUGAAAAAUAUCAUAGCUUGUGCAAAUAAGGAAGAACCAACCGGGGAUACGAUGGAGUUGUUGCAAAGCAAUCUGAGGAAAGAAAUUAAUGGAAAGAAAUAUCUCUUAGUUUUAGAUGAUGUGUGGAAUAAAGACCAAGACAAGUGGCUGAGCUUGAAAACUUUACUGGAGGGAGGUGCUAGAGGAAGCAAGAUCCUUAUAACAACGCGUGAUCCAUUGGUUGCGGAAAUCACCGGCACUGUUCCUCCUCAUUCUCUCAAGGGCUUAUCUGAAAGUGCAUCUCUUGAUUUAUUAAUGAAAGUGGCUGGUCAAAAAAUAGAGGAAAUACAAGAUUCUAACAUGUUAGCCAUUGGCCAAGAGAUAGUUAGAAAGUGCUCUGGAGUUCCAUUAGUUGUUCGAACUAUUGGGAGUUUAUUAUUCUUUAAGAAAACUGAAUCUGAAUGGUUACAUUUCAAAGAUCAUGAGCUCCCAGAAGUGUCUCAAAGGGAAGAUAGCAUAAAAUCUACUCUUAUGCUAAGUUAUGACCAUCUUCCUUCACAUUUGAAACAAUGUUUCGCGUUCUGUUCAUUAUUUCCCCAAGAUUAUGUGAUGAAAAAGCAGACUUUGGUCAAUCUUUGGAUGGCAGAAGGAUUUAUCCAGCCAUCAAAUAAAAAUCAGCAUUUAGAAGACAUCGCUAAUGGAUAUUUCAUAGAGCUACUUUGGAGUAACUUCUUCCAAGAUUAUGAAAAAAGCCCAAACACAAACGAGGAGACUUGCAAGAUGCAUGAUUUGAUGCAUAAUCUAGCUUGCAUGGUUUCUGGGACUGAAUGUUGGGUGGCAAGGGAUGACACAAAAUCCAUACCCGAGAGAACUCGUCAUAUUUCAUAUGGUCCAACUUUCAAUUUGAUGGGUAAACUUCCAAUUUCACGCUUGAAAGCAAAUGCACUGAGAACAAUUGUAUCUACUGCUAGAUAUUGGGAAAUGAAAGAAAGAGAAGUAAUGAGUGAAGCAGAUCUAUGUCAACUCAUUCAAAAUUUCGAGAAAUUGCGCAUCAUGGAUUUGCAAGCCACAGUUGUCGAGAAGGUGCCAAGGUCCAUCUGUAAGUUGAAGCAACUCACGUAUCUCGAUCUCUCUCACAAUGUGACACUCAAAAGGCUUCCUAACUCCAUUACGAGAUUACAAAAUUUGCAAACACUCAACCUCUACGGUUGUGGUUCCCUUGAAGAAUUGCCAAGGGGCAUAAAAAAGUUAGUCAGCCUUCGAAAUCUAAACAUUGACUUUUGUUCAAACCUUAGUUAUAUGCCACGGGGUUUAGGGCAAUUGACUUCUCUACAUAUGCUAACUCGAUUCAUUUUGCCCAAAGAGAAAGCUCUUGCUAAGAAUUAUUGUGGACUUGGGGAGCUAAAUGGGCUUAAUAACAUCCGGGGAAGCCUUAGAAUUGAAAAUGUGGGAAGUGUAACAGACACAGCAGUAGAAUCCAAGACUGCGAAUUUGAUAGGGAAGCAUUCUUUAGAAUCUUUGACACUUUAUUGGGGCGAUUGCCAUAUUGAUGAUGCAGUAACUGGGGACAGAAGUGAAGCGUUAUUAGACGAACUGAGGCCGCACUCAAAUCUGCAGAAGUUGAACAUCGAAGGAUAUAAUGGCGAGGGCUUUCCGAAGUGGAUGACAGAUUGCCAUGUGUCUUCCUUGCCCAAUUUGGCUGAGUUAGUCUUGAAGGAUUGCAAGAGAUGUAAGCAUGUCCUUGGAUUUGGCCUUAAUAAGUUGAAGAAACUAGAAAUCUCGGGGAUGGAGCUUUUAGAAUGUUUGUCAGAGGAGUGUUGGCAAAGCCUCACCUCACUUGCAUGUCUUUGGAUCAGGGGAUGUCAUCAGUUAACUUCCCUCUCGCUUGGUAUACGACAUCUGUCGAGUCUUGAGCAUCUCGAUAUCUCAGAAUGUUGGGAGCUGGAUAUAUCCAAAGACGAAAGCGGCAACAUCUUUGAUUUCCAUGGACUAGAGAGUCUCCGGUCCUUGUUCAUCGAAGAACUUCCCAAACUAGCAUCUCUCCCACAGUGGCUUCUGCAGCUCAGCAGUCUCAGGCGUCUCCGUAUUUGCCAAUGCUCCAAUUUGAAGUCAUUGCCAGAGCAGAUAGAGGCCCUUCAAUCGCUUGAAUGGCUUGAAAUCAUCGGGUGCCCCUCGUUGACGUCAUUACCUGAAGGAAUGCGAAGGCUGACAUCCCUUACUCACCUAACAAUCUUCGGUUGCCCAGAAUUGGUGGAGAGGUGCAAAAGAGACGCAGGCGAGGACUGGCACAAGAUUGCUCAUAUCCCCAGCAUAUCUCACCAUAUAGUAACACCAGAAAUUAUCGAGGAAGAUAUAGUGUGCAUCAAAUCAAGGGUACGAAUGGCGACAAUUAAAUGAUGUAGCGUUUUUCUUUUCUCGUGCUACAUGCUACUGAUCUACUAAUUCCUGAAUAAUCAGGUGAUCCCUAGGCCAUCUUAAGUGCACGCGCGCGCAUUCUUGGUUUACUGUGGAUCAAGUACUGGUCAAGCUCCCGGGGAGGAUAGUGAAGUGAUCUUACACGCACAAACAUUCUUGGCUUGGUGUUCAGCCAUUCUGCAGAGGUUCUCAGGUUACUUGGAAGACAGGCAUCCUACCUCAAACAUGAAGUCAUACGUCGUUACCCAUUACUUGCUGAAACUACAAUUUUAUGAGAGCCCACCCUCGAGGCUGAAGCUCUUGCUGCUCCGAAGCUAGCAUUGAAGUUGCUGGUUAAGAAAGGCCAAAAGCAUUAAUCAAAUCGGGGAGGACCUACUAGUUGAAAGCCUGCGAAUCCCUCUUCGUCCAGAUUUAGAUCAUUGAGGGAAGAUUGGCACGUAAAUAAAGCUUCCCAGAGGGAGAUAAAAUUAGGCGUCCAAGCUCAGACCUGAUCUCCUUUACAUUGGUUUCAUCUUCGCAAGUAGUCUCAACUUUUCGGGCAUUUGAGUUCACUAUUACCCUUCAGCGUCAUGGACAUCUUCUUGUGUUCAAGUUGUCACUUUACUCGAUAUUUCAGCACAAUUCAUCCAAAUUUCCAGUGUCGUCAUAUGCUAAGCUCGUUCGAUUUGGCUUGUCCGACUUUCUUUUGAAUGAAAGGCAGAUUGACUUCUGAUUCAAUGAACAUGAGAUGCACCAGCUUGUUUCAUCUCUUCCAAUGUCUUAUCAAGAGAACUUUGGGAAGUAUAAACAGACCGCAAUCCUUGAAGUCGCGCAAGUUUGUCUGUGUAACCUGGCUAUUCUUUUUUCUUUGUGAGGCAAAGAAAUGUUCUCAUUCCCAUGGGAAGUGCAGUACAAAUAUG